AUGCCAGGUACAUGUGCUAGUUUAAAUUCCAAUUGUAAACGUAUUGGUGGAAACGCCUUUCGAUGUGUUUGCAAAGAGCAAUAUAUGGCUAUAAAUAAAACUCAUUGUGUAAGAGUAAUCAAUGCAUCAGUCGAUGAUGCAUGUGCAUCAUGCAUUAAACGUAAUGGUAUUUGCUUGGAUGAAAAUUCUGAUGAUUAUAUGGAUAAAUGUUUUUGUCCGACUGAAAAUGAUUUAUGUAAUGAUCGAACAACAACAUAUUUUCUACCAGCUACACAAUCUUUAAGAAAAAGUAUACUCGGUGUAACACCAUUAUCAACGAGUCGAAUUGUUAAUCAAGGUGAUCUUAUACUUGGUUUAUAUGAUGUAAAUCAACAACGAUUAAUUGAUAAUGGUGGUUCAGUUUUUAUUGGUGACCGUUUAUUUGUUGAAAUAAAAUAUCGAACAAAUAUUCAUAAUCCUGAUCGUCAUCAAAUAAUUGCAGAAAAUUGUUCAAUAGCUUCAAGUGUUUCUGAUAAUGAUGUUAAAUUAGAAAAAAUUCAAUUAUUAACUAAUCGUUGCCCAUCAAUUGAUUCACGUUUAUCAAUACGUUUUCAACGGAUUGAUCCAUAUCAUAUAAAAAGUACUAUUUUUCAAAUACAUAAAUUUCAAACAACAUCUGUUGUUUAUUUACGAUGUUCAAUUGCAGUAUGUUUUGGUCGAAUAGAAAAUUGUCAAGAACGUUUAUGUCCGGAAAUGCGACGAUCAUCAUCACAUCGAGUAAAUCAUUCAUCAUCGAUAGAUUCAGCUCCAUUUGAUUAUGUUGAUGAAGAUAGUGCUAGUGUUGUUGUAUUAAAACGACGACAAACUUCUGAAAAUGAUGAUGAACAUCAAAAAGUAUCAAGAUUAAUGACUGAUUUGACAAGAUCAUUUGAAUCCAAAAAUGAUCAUUAUGAAAUAAGACAAAUACAACAACAAUUUACUAUUGAAAUGCCAUUAGCACAAUCAGCAAAUAAACGUAAAUUACCUUAUGGUAAGUAA